AUGGGGCUGACUUUCACAAAGCUUUUUAGCUGGAUUUUUGCCAAGAAAGAGAUGUGUAUUCUGAUGAUCCGUCCGUUGUGGAGGCACUACUUCCAAAAUACUCAGGGUCUUAUAUUUGUCUUUGAUAGCAAUGACAGGGACCGUGUUGUUGAGGCUAGAGAUGAGUUGCAUAGAAUGUUGAAUGAGAUUCUGCUUCUUUCAAACUUUGUAGAAGACGUUUUCGUAGAAGUCAAGCCAGUUCUCAAAUCUGCACUUGAUGGGCAUAAUGUAUGCAUUUUCGCAUAUGGUCAAACUGGCACUGGGAAGACGUUUACUAUGGUCAGUGACAGUAACUUGGGUUCUUUUGUAUUUAUGUUCUUGAAUUUGACACUCAUGACUAGUUUUAUAUGGGCACUCUGUUUUUGUAGCUGGAUUGAGGAAAUCAAUCAACGGCAAGCAGAAGUGGGUUUCUGCACGAAGAAGAGGCAUGCUGUUUUGGGAAAAGUUGCCAUUCCAAAACCUGUUAAUUUACCUAGUCGAAGGUUGGAGAACCAUCACUUGGACCCUAAUGUGGAAAUUGUACCAAAGGGUACACUAAGCUGGGGCAGCCGUCCAUCUUCAAUAGCGAAUGCUUGGAGUUCUUCAGCACUGUCACCUGAUACCAAUGGAACUGCAGGUUCGCUUAAUGGUCGCCCUUCAUCUGGCGGAAGUGGCACUCGUCCAUCAACUGCUGGUAGUGAUAGAUCUCAGGAACCUGCAGCUAAUGCAUGUGGUCCAUAUUCAUGGCCAUCAUCAACAUCUGGGAUGUCUGCAACAAAUCAGACAUCGAGUGUGAAAUGUACACCAUGGUCGUUCCAUCGACUCAAGAUCAUCUUGAACGAGGGGCUGUGUGCUGUCCUAAUUGAGCUGGUCCGUGGUAGCUUUGUGAUCAUGGGUCGCAGGCGGUGGUCGUGCUUCGAUUAUGAGUUGUCUAGUAAUGGUUGUGUUGAUGUUAAGGGCUGGUCUGUUUGUCAAGUUGUGUUGGUUCACUACACCAAAAUUACAAUCUCUUCAGAAGGUCAAUCUUUCAGAAGGUCGAUCUCGAUUCUUUUGCUCUUCUUCUGUUGUCAUAUGUUCAUGCUUACAAUCUCUUCUUUCUUAUUCUGUGUUUUUCCUUUCGAUAUUUUUCUGUCUUCUAUCUGAUCUUGGAAUACUUGUUUUUCUUCUUUCAUCCUGUUUGAAUUGAAUGAUCUUUGAUGAUUUUUACUGAUAAUCUUCAAUCUAUUUGAGCGAUUUCAAGCUGUGAGAAUGGAUGGCUCUUAUGGGCAGGGGUUGGUAUCGUUGGUGCCCUUCUUGCUAUAGCAUU